GCCAGCUUCAUUCUCCGCCAAUUUCCCUACGGGUCUUCUGUUGGGACGCACAUAACCAAUCAUAAAUCAUGGCGGACGGCAGCAUCGCGCCUCCCAAACCUGCUGUGGUGCUCGAGGCCCACGAUGUUGAUACUUUCCAUGUGCCCCAGGCUUUUCAUGAGAAACACCCCUCCGGUACCCACUUGAAAGAUCUCGACGAAUACAAGAAGCUCUAUGAAGAGUCGAUCCGCAGUCCCAACACUUUCUGGGCUCGCAUGGCCCGCGAGCUCCUCACUUUCGAGAGAGACUUCCAGACCGUUCACACCGGCUCCCUAGAGAAUGGUGACAGUGCCUGGUUCGUCGAGGGCCGUCUCAAUGCCUCCUUCAACUGCGUCGAUCGCCAUGCUAUCAAGAACCCCAACAAAGUCGCUAUUAUUUACGAAGCCGAUGAGCCCAGCGAGGGCCGCACCAUCACGUACGGCGAACUGUUGCGCGAAGUGUCCCGGGUCGCUUGGGUCCUCAAGCAGCAGGGUGUCAAGAAGGGUGACACCGUCGCGAUUUACCUGCCCAUGAUCCCCGAGGCGCUCAUCGCCUUCCUUGCCUGUGCUCGCAUUGGUGCCGUCCACUCCGUCGUCUUCGCUGGUUUCUCCUCCGACUCCCUGCGCGACCGGGUCCUCGAUGCCGGUUCCAAGGUCGUCAUCACUACUGACGAGGGGAAGCGGGGCGGCAAGGUCAUCGGUACUAAGCGCAUUGUCGAUGAGGCGCUCAAGCAAUGCCCCGACGUGACGGGCGUCCUGGUCUACAAGCGCACCGGUGCAGAGGUUCCCUGGACCAAGGGCCGUGAUAUCUGGUGGCACGAGGAGGUCGAGAAGUACCCCAACUACCUGGCUCCCGAGUCGAUGAGCUCUGAGGAUCCUCUCUUCCUGCUCUACACGUCUGGCUCCACUGGCAAGCCCAAGGGUGUCAUGCACACCACUGCUGGUUACCUCCUGGGAGCGGCCAUGACCGGCAAGUACGUCUUUGACAUCCACGAUGACGACCGCUACUUCUGCGGUGGCGAUGUGGGCUGGAUCACGGGUCACACCUACGUUGUGUACGCACCUCUGCUGCUAGGUUGCUCGACUGUCGUCUUUGAGAGUACCCCCGCCUACCCCAACUUCUCCCGUUACUGGGAUGUCAUUGAGAAGCACAAGGUCACCCAAUUCUACGUUGCCCCGACCGCCCUGCGCCUGUUGAAGCGUGCUGGCGAUGAGCACAUUCACCACAAGAUGGCUCAUCUACGGGUCUUGGGAUCCGUUGGCGAGCCCAUCGCUGCGGAAGUCUGGAAGUGGUACUUCGAGGUUGUUGGCAAGGAGGAGGCGCAUAUCUGCGAUACUUACUGGCAAACCGAAACUGGCUCGAACGUGAUUACUCCCUUGGGUGGCAUCACCCCGACCAAGCCGGGUAGCGCUUCGCUUCCCUUCUUCGGCAUUGAGCCCGCCAUCAUCGAUCCUGUUUCUGGAGAGGAGAUCUCGGGCAACGAUGUUGAGGGAGUGCUUGCCUUCAAGCAGCCGUGGCCCAGCAUGGCCCGGACCGUCUGGGGUGCCCACAAGCGCUACAUGGAUACCUAUCUCAAUGUCUACAAGGGCUACUACUUCACGGGAGAUGGUGCUGGCCGUGACCACGACGGAUACUACUGGAUCCGGGGUCGUGUGGACGACGUUGUCAAUGUCUCUGGACACCGUCUGUCCACUGCGGAAAUUGAGGCUGCUUUGCUCGAGCAUCACAUGGUGGCUGAGGCUGCGGUCGUCGGUAUUGCCGACGAGCUGACCGGUCAGGCUGUCAACGCCUUCGUCGCUCUCAAGGAAGGUAACGAGACCACCGAUCAGGUUCGCAAGGACCUGAUUAUGCAGGUCCGCCGCUCGAUUGGACCUUUCGCUGCUCCCAAGGCCGUCUACGUGGUUGAAGACCUUCCCAAGACUCGCAGUGGAAAGAUUAUGCGUCGCAUCCUGCGCAAAAUUCUGAGCGGCGAGGAAGACAGCCUUGGUGACACCUCUACGCUCUCCGAUCCCGCGGUGGUCGACAAGAUCAUUGCCACGGUGCACGCUUCUCGCGGCAAAUAAACGCUUUGUCUCUACUGAAUGAUGUUAAUGAAAGCGGUAGUUGGGAGGAUUUAUGGCACCACCAUGCGCAUGAUGUCCGUGCAGUGUGGGCUUUUCUUCUGGCUGAAGAUGGAGUUUUGUCUAUUAUUUUUUAUUUUUUUUUUUUUUCCGUUUUUAUUUUUUCCUCUUAUCUUGUGAUUCCCAUCAUGAUCAGAAACGGGUGACAUUCCGAUGAGCUGUUAAUCUUACCUACGUAUAUACCAAUGAUGAAAGA